AUGACAAAUUCAAAAAUUAUCGCACUGUGUCUGAUAUUUCCACUUAUCGUAGAGAGGGUUCAUAUGGUAGCUGGGAUUAAGUCCUCGUCCAUACGUCAGGAGAAUGAUCUCAUCUCUGCCAACGUUGGAGACACAGUGAUUUUGCGUUGCUUCUAUGAAGGCGACAUGGUAGUAAUUUCCUCCUGGUACAAGCAAACCUUAGGAGAAAAACUUCAGCUCUUCUCAACCUUCUAUAACAAUGAGAGUGAUGCUACGUUUCACCAUAAGUUUAAGGAUAAUCCUCGUUUCUCAGUGCGAAGCGGCAAAGAAGUGAAUCACCUAAGGAUCUCCGACAUCGAACUCUCGGAUUCAGCAACAUACUACUGUGGGAGCACUUAUAACAACAUCAUGGAAUUUGGAAAAGGAACCAUUGUCAUUGUAAAAGGUUCAGGUUCUAGAAACACGACUGUGCUCCAGCAAUUUAUUUCUGGGUCAGUCCAGCCAGGAGACUCUGUGACUCUGAACUGUACAAUACACACUGAGACCUGUGCAGGAGAACGCAGUGUCUAUUGGUUCAGACAUGGCUCAGGAGAAUACCAUCCAGGAAUCAUUUACACCCAUGGAGACAGGAGUGAUCAGUGUGAGAAGAGCCCUGUGGCUGGGUCUCCUACACAGAGCUGUGUCUACAACCUCCCCAAGAGGAACCUCAGCCUCUCUGAUGCUGGGACUUACUACUGUGCUGUGGCCUCAUGUGGGGAGAUUCUGUUUGGCAAUGGGACCAAGCUGGACAUCAAGGACAAUGGUGCAGAACCUUUUCUGUUGGUGUAUUGCCUGAGCUCAGCAUUGGGUCUCUCAUUUAUCCUGAUUACUGUCCUUGGCUUCAUCAUGUACAAUAUGAACAAGAGAAAGUGUCUGCAGUGUAGAGGACCCGUCUCUCAGACAAGAGGACCAGCAGUCUCUUCUUCAGAUGCAGGGGCCCAAGAUGCAGACAGUCUCCAUUAUGUAGCUCUGAAUCUGAGCAACAAGAAGAAUAGGUCUAGAAGACAGAGAAGCAACAUGGAGGAAGAGACGGUGUACUCUGGGAUCAGACAGUAG